CAGUAAUGACGCCACCACGCUGACGCGAGAGGAUGGCGGUAGCGCCCGUGGCCUGGGCUGGGAGACGGUGGGCUGAGCCGCCGAGACUCCGAAGAGCCGGCCGCCCGCGCGAGGUGUAGACGGGGCACUGCCUACAGAGCAGGUCCUGCCAGCCUCGCUGGAGAGGAUGCCCCCGUGUCAGUGAUGGGCUGUGGGACAAGCAAGAAGUCAUCACCAACCUUUGUUCUGUCCUUUGGUGUGUUGCCCUUUGCUGCUUCCCUUCUGGAGCUGCCAGACCCUCCUUUACAGCUCCACUGUGCCACCUACUGUCUGGUCUAGGUAUCGGUGGCCAGGAGAGGGAGUGGUGACCUUGCAAACCCACAGCCCUCCAAACGGAAGAGGAGAGAAAGGAGUUGCUGAGUUGGGGGAGAGUCCUGGGCUGCUCAACUCCCCUUCUGCUCAGUUUCUCCAAACCUCACCCUGGAACUUAGCCAUACUGUGUUACCUGCCUCUGAACCUUGGGUGCCUUGGGUGCAGACCUUGCUGUAAGAGCUGGCCUUGCCCUAUUUGCCCUGUGCCCUGUGUUUCUUUUCAUAGCAUUAACUUUCCAGGCUGGCCCCACUGAGUCUCAGGCUGGAGGGAGCCCUUCUGGGAGGUAGGGUAGGGUUGCAGGGGCUACUUUCCCAGAGGACUGAGCCACAACAGCCCCUAUAGCUGUCAUGGUCUCCCCUAUCACCACCAUGUUAGGCUGGAAUACAACCUCCCUCCCUCUGUAGCUGCUUUCAGUGGGUAGGAAGGGGCCAGACAGAGCCUAGCUUGGGCCUUGGCUAGAUUAAGAGCCUGUCAGCAGGAAGAGUCUGACUCCACUCAGCUCCUUUCAGGAGGUAGCCUUGGGUGAGGCACUCUUUCCUACAUAUGCCACCUCCACUGGGAAACCAAACCAAAGAGACCACUCUGUGCCAAGUCAACUGUGCCUUAUAUAUGCUCUCUUCACACUCCCCUCCCCCUGGAUAGGAGGCAGUGGAGAGUGGAAGCCUCACAGCCUCAGAGUUCCCCCACCUACCAGUUCCCUAGGAAUCCCUGGGGGUGUGAACCACUGGGGAUUUAUUUUCUCUCUUGCCCGAAGUAGGUCUGGUUGUGAGGAUUUGACAGAGGGAGUUUAGUGUCUUGGGCCUUUGAUAGGUCCACCAGGCCUUCAUGCCCGGACAAUGGAUGGAGAAUGUGCAGUUAUUUAUUUUGUGUACUCUGUAAAUGUAUCUUCUGUAUCCAAUAAACAGGCUGCCCUCCCUCGGGGAAGGCUGCCAUUUUUUCUGACC